UUCGACGCUUUUGUUGAUUCAGUAAAUAUUAGAAGGCGAUAAGAUCCAUUAGCGUUUCUUCCCGUUGGUGGAAUGAUAUUGUAAUGUUAAUUAAAUUUCAGUCUUAUUUCAGAAGUGAUUUUAGUCUUUGCGACUGUAUUUUUUUUGUUUUGUUUAAAUAUAAAUAAAAUUCUUAUUUUUCUUUGAAAAUAAUAAUUGUAAGUGAGUGGACAUUUUUCCCGCCAUUACAAUAUUUUACUAGGCAACCAAAUAACGGUUCAGAGAAAAAUCUUGGAUUCAAAGAAGAAGAAGGAGGAUCGAUAUUGAAAGGGGAAAAAAGAAGAAGGAAAGGGAAUUAGGAUAUGAAAAGAAGUUUUUAUGAUAAAGAGACAAUUCGCGAAGACGGUGCCCAGGAAGGUUUUUAAAGAAAAGUAAGCCGCAGGCGGAAAGAAGAACGCGCACGUUGUCGUCCCAUUGUAUUCGAAAAGAGUGGAGGAGAAAAUGGCGCAUGCUCUUCGUCCUGAACGCACAUAGCCUGGAAAGCACGAUUUCCAGGUUUGACUCGAAAAUCCAUAACGUGUAGGAGUCGUCCUGCUGCUGUUAUUCGCGAUCCACGCAAGCUGGGAAUCCUGCGUCUCUCUCUCUCUUAGUGUGUAUACGAGGAGGGAAACCGCGUGGUGCCAGUUUCAACUCAGCAGGUGGCCAGCUCACAUCAACAAGAAUGAGAAGCGCCACGCCGGUGGAGGACCACGUGCCUCUUACCCCAAAUUCCCUAAUGGAUUAUUAAUUUCCAAUACGACUUUUAGUCAUCAAAAUUUUUUUUCUCUCCCAAUUCCUAAUUAAAAUCCUAAUUAAAAUCAAAUUGAAAUUAAUGAAACUCCAUUUGUGAUCGGUCAGUUUGUCCCUGUCAGUGGAGUAAGUGAGCAACACGUGGUUAUUGCCGAAAGCUAUUCGGCUUUUCGUAAAACGAAAUUCAACUAAAGGCUAAAUUACCAAAGUUUAUCUCACCCCCGAAGAAUUUUAAGUUUCCCUAAAGAAUUUUUAAUUUCCGGGAAGAAAUAGUGAUUCAAAUCGGACAUGGAUAGUGUAUCCCUUAACGGAACGAACCCUUUGGAGGGGAAUUACGUUCUCGAUGUGUUGAACUACAUUAACGAAUUAAACGAUACGAGACUACAUCAGGAAUUGGAGUGCAGGACGAGGGAACUUAUGGUCAAUAAGCCUGAUAAAGGAUGUGGUAUCAAUUGGGACUCUCUUCUUUGUUGGCCGGCCACUCCACCUGGAACAGUGUCCAAAUUGCCAUGUUUUGCUGAACUACACGGCAUCAAGUACGACAUAACUCAAAAUGCAAGUAGAUGGUGUUGGCCAAAUGGUACUUGGGACAGCUAUUCGAAUUACUCCCAAUGCCACGAUGUUCGAGUCCCGCCAGUGGAAUCCGGAGUGGAAAUUACCACCAUGAUUUAUAUUAUCGGCUAUAGUCUAUCACUAAUCUCUCUAAUUGUUGCAGUAUCUAUAUUUUUGUACUAUAAAGAACUUAGGUGUCUCAGGAAUAAUAUUCAUACACAUCUGAUGUUGACGUAUAUAUUAGCAGAUUUUACAUGGAUCUUAACAACAGUACUGCAAAUCUCGGUGCAAACGGACGUUUCCACCUGUAUUGCUUUCUUUUCUCUUCUUCAUUAUUUCCAACUGACCAAUUUUUUCUGGAUGUUUGUGGAAGGAUUGUACCUGUACCUGUUAGUAGUGCAAACAUUUACUGGAGACAAUAUCAAAUUAAGGCUUUGUCUUGUGAUUGGCUGGGGUGUGCCAAUUCUUGUAACGGCCGUUUGGGCUAUCGCCAAGUCUCUAGGACCAAGUCUUGGAACUCAGGGUAAUCAGGAUGUGGUUUUAUGGAGGCAUUGUCCCUGGAUGAUACCGCACCCUUACGACUGGUUCUACCAAGCCCCUGCUAUUGGUGUGCUUUGCAUAAACGUCAUUUUUCUCUUUAUGAUAAUGUGGGUCCUAAUAACGAAACUGAGGUCAGCAAAUAAUGUGGAGACGCAGCAAUAUCGUAAGGCUAGUAAAGCUCUUUUGGUGCUCAUACCUCUUCUCGGUGUAACUUACGUUCUAGUACUGGCAGGUCCCGAGGAAGGACACGUUGCUAAUAUUUUCACAUUCGCGAGAGCUUUUCUUUUAUCUUCUCAGGGUUUGUCGGUGGCGUUAUUCUAUUGCUUUCUCAAUACUGAAGUGCAGAAUACUGUUCGACAUCAUUUUGCCAGAUGGAGUACUGCUCGCAAUCUCGGAACAGAUCGAAGGUAUUACAAUAACUGGUCACCCCGUUCGAGAACUGAAAGUAUAAGGCUGUAUUGUCAGCCAACAGAUCCGUAUAGAAAAAGGGAAUCUACUGUGAGCGAAACGACAACGACAACAGUUAUUGGGACAAAUUCAACGACUGCAUUUCUCGAUAAGUCCAGUAAAAUCAUCACCGAGGAGUAAAAUUUUCAUUUCCAGCUUUUUGUUUUCAUUUUCUUUUCUUUACACAAAAUUUAAUGUAUGAAUUAUAUACACCUUCAAAGUCCUGCUUCGAAAUAAAAUCUGGAAGGCGCAACUCGGG